ACAAAGUUUGACAGUUCGCUAUUUUGUGUGAAAAAUUACCCAAAGGCGCUGUAAAGUUUCAAAAUAUUGGAGUUUUGGGAGUAAAAAAGCCCAUUUCAUCAUUUAAUUGGCUCAAUUAACCGUUCUAGUCACCUGCGACUUGGCCUGUGAUAGUGAAAUCGUGGCUUUUGAGUAGUUGAGAAAAGCAAUUGGGAAAGUUUUAUUGAGUUUUCCACACAAUACGCCCGUGUCGUGGAAAAUAUUGAUUUUCCUUCAGCUCCCCUUACCUUUUGUCCUUUAACCAGGGGAUUCUUCUUGUGCAAUCCUCAGUCAGAUAGAAGUAAAAGUCCUUCAGUGGCCAUUUAAUUGUCUUGUGAGGAAGAAAGAAAAAGGAACUACGCAGAGAUGGCAAUUAGAAUGAAAGCCACCAAAUGCCCUACGGAUGAGUUGUCGCUGAAAAAUGCAGCAAUUGUCAGUCCAAGAAAUUUUCCCGAUGAUGUCAAAUACAUUGAGGUGUCAACAGGUCCUGGGCAGAGGUUUGUCUUCUCCAUUGAACGCCACGACGAUAUCCCGCCGAAUUGUGUGGGUUUCUCCCUGGUUCAGAGGAAGUGGGCAACAUUGUCCAUCAAUCAGGACAUCGAUGUGAAACCCUUCAAUUUCGAUGCACGCAAGAAUGCCGAAUGUAUCGUCAAUGUGGUGCUGGAGGUGGAUUUUGUCCAGAAGAAAGUCACCACGACAGAACCCUACGAUACAGAUCAGAUGGCAAAGGAUUUCAUCAUGCAAUUUGCUGGCCUAGCCCUCACAGUGGGGCAGCCGCUGGUGUUUAGUUUCAUGGAUAAGAAAUUACUGGGAUUGGCCGUAAAGACCUUGGAGGCAGUUGAUGUUAAUGCCUACCGUGACAAUGCUCACAUGGAGCCGAAGCCAACAAGAUUUGGACGUCUCUUGGGGAAUACAGUGGUAACGUUUGAGAAGGCAGAGAAUUCCUCUGUGAAUCUCGUGGGCAAGUCAAAGGGAAAAGUUGUCCGGCAGUCGAUUAUAAAUCCUGAUUGGGAUUUCGGAAAGAUGGGAAUUGGUGGUCUGGACAAGGAGUUCAAUGCCAUCUUCAGGCGCGCCUUUGCAUCGCGUGUUUUCCCACCGGAACUCGUGGAGCAGCUGGGCUGCAAGCACGUCAAGGGAAUUUUGCUGUAUGGCCCUCCGGGAACGGGAAAAACUCUCAUGGCACGACAGAUUGGCAAAAUGCUCAAUGCCCGGGAGCCCAAGAUUGUCAAUGGCCCACAGAUUUUGGAUAAGUACGUGGGUGAGUCUGAGGCCAAUAUUCGACGUUUGUUUGCCGAAGCGGAGGAGGAGGAGAAGAGACUCGGCCCCAAUAGUGGACUCCACAUUAUAAUUUUCGACGAAAUCGAUGCCAUUUGCAAGGCUCGUGGUUCUGUGGCAGGAAAUAGCGGUGUGCACGACACCGUGGUGAAUCAGUUGCUCGCCAAGAUUGAUGGUGUUGAGCAGCUGAACAAUAUCCUCGUGAUUGGUAUGACAAAUAGACGGGAUAUGAUUGACGAGGCCCUAAUGCGUCCGGGUCGAUUGGAGGUGCAAAUGGAGAUUGGGCUACCCAAUGAGGCAGGACGCUUCCAAAUUCUCAACAUUCACACCAAACGCAUGAGGGAUUUCAACAAAAUCAACCCAGAUGUGAAUAAUCAAGAGCUGGCGACACUCACGAAGAAUUUCAGUGGUGCUGAGAUUGAGGGUCUCGUGCGUGCUGCGCAGUCCACGGCAAUGAAUCGUCUCAUUAAGGCCGCCUCGAAGGUUGAGGUGGACCCUGAGGCAAUGGAGAAGCUCAUGGUUAAUCGUCAGGACUUCCUGCAUGCCCUUGAGAAUGACAUCAAGCCGGCAUUUGGUACUGCAGCUGAGGCGCUUGAGAACUUCCUUUCACGCGGCAUCAUCAACUGGGGUACUCCUGUUUCGAGUCUCCUGGAAGACGGAUCGCUGUACAUUCAGCAAGCACGUGCAGCUGAGAGUCAUGGGUUGGUCUCAAUUCUCCUCGAGGGGCCACCCAAUGCCGGCAAAACAGCCCUCGCUGCUCAGUUGGCUAAAAUGUCAGACUUCCCAUUUGUGAAGGUUUGCUCCCCCGAGGACAUGGUUGGCUUCACAGAAUCCGCUAAAUGUCUCCAAAUCCGUAAGAUCUUUGACGAUGCAUAUCGAUCAACUCUGAGCUGCAUUCUUGUGGACAACAUUGAGCGUCUCUUGGAUUACGGUCCAAUUGGACCGAGAUACUCCAAUCUCACCCUGCAGGCCCUGCUGGUGUUGCUGAAGAAGCAACCGCCCAAGGGGAGGAAGCUUCUCAUUCUCUGCACGAGCAGCCGACGACAGAUGCUCGAAGACAUGGAGAUGCUCUCCGCCUUCACGUCCAUCCUCCACGUGCCAAAUCUCUCACAGGCUGAGCAUGUGUUGGCCGUACUUGAGGACAGUGAUGUCUUCAGCAAGCAGGAACUCAUGUCGAUUAAUAAGAAACUCCAUGGCAAACGCUUAUUCAUUGGAAUUAAGAAACUCAACGGACUAAUCGAUAUGAUUCGGCAGACAGACCAUGAGUACCGCGUCAUCAAAUUCCUGUCCAAAUUGGAGGAGGAAGGAUGUUUAGACAUGGGUACAGGUGCACAGUAACUAGAAGUUGAUGAAUAGCAAUUGAAUCUAUCCGUUGUGCAUUUCAAUGAUUUAUUUUAAGAGCCAAAAAGGUGAAAACAAAAAUCAUACAUAUUGUGGGCUUUUUAGAAUGCACAACGAUCGUAGUAUCAGCAUAUUAAUUAUUAUAAAUCAGUGAUUUAUUGAAAGAGAAAAAAAACACCACAUUUGGUGCCACAAUGAUUAUUGUGUGUGUAGUGCUUCAGAUACAUAUUUAAAGAAAGAAAAAUAAAACUUCGGGAGACUCAAGAGAAUAAAUUGUAGCUAUUCCCGAAGAUUGUUGAUUUGUUUCUAGAGAUUGUAAGCUAAUAUUAUUAUAUAUAUAGUAAGUAUAUAAUUCUAUUUAUUGAACAUUCCAUAUUUUCUUAAUUUUUGUUUCUUUAUUUUUUACCAUUAUAUUGUUGUAAAAUAUAUUUAGUAGAUUACACUUGAUGCUCUAUAUUACGAACAAAGUGUUGAUUUCUCGAUUAUUUUGUUUCUUUUAAUGAAAAAUUUCAGCAAUAAAAAAAUGAAUUAAUUCUUAAUUAUUAAUAAUAAAAAAUUGACAUAUCUUAUUCUAAUUUCAAUAAUGAUUUUUUUUAAUCAAAAUUGAAUUUCAAAAAUAAGCAGAAAAAUUGCGAAAAACACAGCACUACGUAAUUUAGUAGACUUCAAAGUGAAUUUUGACUUCUUCCUCUAAUUUAUUGGGACAUCUUUCUUGUGCUUCCUCUAUUUUAUUGUUUUAUUGCACAAGAAAUUUGUCAAAGUAACACCACCGUCGUGUAAAAAGCAAGUUAAUAAAAUAAUAUUUUAGCAAUUUAUUAAUAUUUUAUUGUGUAAAGUUCUUCUUGUAGUAGGUCAAUUACCGACGCAUGCAAAUUAUAAACAAGUGAAUGAUAGAGAGAGCAUAAAAAAAUUGGAACUUUCAAUGACUUCUAAGUGUAGUUAUUUUCAAAUUAAAAAAAAAAUUGGUGUUGAAUAGGUACUAAAAGACAAAAUUUGUUGAUUCGUAAGUUUAAAAAAAAAUUGCGAUAAGUUUUUCAGUGUAAAUUAUAAUUGAUAAAAAAAAGUUUAAAAAAUGUAAAUUUUUGGAAAAACAAAAUUAUCACUAAUCAAGCAUUCUUCCUGCUUGGCAAAGUGGAUGAAAGGAAGGAGAAUAGCUUCACUGUUGUAAAAUGAAAUUCGUAAAAAAAAGAAAUUGUUGAAAUUCAUUAAAAAAUUGAGGCAAAAAAUGUAGUACAAUUUUAUGAUAAGAGACAAGAAGCGAAAUAAAAUCGCAGUUAUGCUCUAAAGAACUAUUAAUGAAAAAAAAAAAGUAUUUUAUCCUCACUUUCAAAAUUGCAAUUAAAACACGCAUGCAGAAUGUAAUUCAAUUCUGAUCACCCCUCCAAAAAAAUUGAAAAUUUAAAGGGGGAUUUAUCAAAAUAAAAAUUAUAAAUAAUGAAAAGAAAAUAAAUCAGUUCGAAAAUUAUA